AUGCCAAGCAGCAAAGGCAAACCCACCGAUCCAGAGCUCCGCGAGGAGCUCAAAGAAGAGAUCAAACAAGAACCCAACAAGUCGGGCGACGGCGUCGGCCAAUGGUCUGCGUGGAAGGGUAUGAAGCUCGCCAAAGAGUACGAGGCACAGGGAGGAGAUUAUGAAAACGAGGCGGGGAGCAAGAACGAACCAAAGAAGGGGAAGCCAAAGGCCAAGAGUGCAGAGACGAAGAGGGAGCAAACGGCCCAUGAAUCCGAGCCUUCAGAGGAGGAAUAA